UGUGACUUCUUAUUGGAUAUUUCUAGACGCGGUACAUGGUAUAUGACAGUUGCCAUGUCUAGUGAAGGUGAUUCUUCAAAAAGUGUGUUGUCAGAGUCCAACGAAAAAAGUGGGACUGACAACAACACAGAUUCAUCCCAAGAUUCGCAUGAUGUUACUGAUGCCAAAACUGAGAAUGCUACUGUUGAAAACGAUGUAGAAAGUAAAACAGAGCCGGAAAAACCUAAAGAGGAGACAGACGGCGAUGAUAAAUCUGCAGAAAAAAAAGUAGAGGCGGAAGAGAAGAAUGAAGAUGACAAAAAGACUCAAAGCGAUACCGAGGAUAUAGAAAAUAAGGAUAAUAAGAAAGAUAAAAAGGAAAAGGAAGAGAAAGAUGAAGAAAAGAGCGAGAAUAGCGAGAAAGAUGAGGAGGACGAUGAAAAGGACAGUAAAAAGGAAGUGCCGUUGCUGGAUCAACCACUGGAAUUGUCUGGGAAGAGGGAACGGAAGAACGUCCAACGUUUGGAAAUUGCUUCGGAAGUGAAAGAGACAAAGGUAGAAUUUGUCAGUGGAUCAGGAUCGUCCCUUGGGGACAUACCCCGGGUAGAUGCCUCCAUAUCCCGUUUUAAGAACGACGACCUUAAAUUGCUCCACCGACUCUUAUACAAGGUGGUCGGAAAAAACACUUUAAUAAAAAAGAAUAUCAGGAAGUUCAACGGCUUCGAUUUCAGUAAGGAUUCCGAGGAGUACACUAAAAAGGUGUCAUUUGCUCACAAGUUCGAAAUCAAACAACUAAAAAGCAUAUGCGAAAUGUUAGAUCUGCCCAAGUCCGGAACUAAGGACGAUAUCGUUGAUAGGAUAAUAGAUUUCCUCUUAGAGCCCAAGGAUAGCGGUCGGGGCAGACCCAAGAGAACCGCUGCGGUCAAGGCCAAUAACAGAGGAUAUUCCUCGCACGACGACUAUUCUAGUGACGAAAAGCAAUCGUCCCGGGCAAGGCGGGAUAAAGGAAAAAGAACCAACUUGAAGGACGACAGUUCCAGUGACGAGGAAUUCCAGCCUAACCAGUCGGAUGGCAGCGAGGACCAGCCGAAAGUGAACAAGCGCAAGAGAAAGAGCCAGAAGAAAGAUUCCUCAGAAGAAGAGGCUAGCGAGGCCAGCGUCGCGACCAGCGACGAAUCAGAUGAUGAACCUAAGUCCAAGCGUAAAAAGAACCCGGUGAAGGCCAACAAUAAGACCAAGGCAAAGAGCACUCCCGGGAAAAGAGGCCGUCCGCCUGCAACCCCAAAAAAGACACCCGCCCGGGGGAAGAAAUCUAAGGAGAGCUCGGAAGAGGACGAAGAGAGCGACCACAAAGAAGACGGAAGCUCGUCGGAGGACGAGCCUUUGGCCAAAAAGGCCAAGAACACCCAACCGCCAACGGACGAUGAAAUCAAGACCUUUAUAAAAAGUAUACUAGAAGGCGCAAAUCUGGAGGAGAUCACAAUGAAGACUGUCUGUCAGCGAGUGUACGGCCAUUAUCCAGAUUUCGAUCUCACUCACAAGAAAGAUUUUAUUAAAUCAACCGUAAAAUCCCUAAUAUCAACGUGAACUAAUUUGAUCUAUAGAAUAUAAGAAAACUAUAUUGAACAAUCUACAAAAGUUUGUUCCAGUACAAAAUUCACAUUUUGUUUCUCAUAUUUUUUACUUAUUGCAUUUCAAACAUUAACUGUUGGAGAAAAAAAAUGUUUAUCAAGUAAGUUUAAUAUGAA